GGUUCUUUGUGGGAAGUCAACUCUAACGAUGGGCAUCGUUUUAUUUAAAGAGCACUAUUUUGGGUUUUUGGCGUCGCUGAUUUUGAGCACAGUCGCAGAAGCUCUCCAGGUGACUGGGGGAAACGUGACCGUGGCUUUAGGAGAGACCUGCGUCUUGCCCUGCAAACUCACUGGCACCACAGAGACCCUCAGCCAGAUUUCAUGGCAGAGGGUGACCCGGGGAGCACCUCAGAAAGAAAAUUUCUUGACGAUCGCACGCGAAACUGGACUGACGCCUGUCAAUGGAGACGAUAGACGAUUUACAUUUAUUGGAAACAUGAGUGAUGGCGAUGGAUCUCUCCAGCUAUCCGGUGUCAACCUGAUGGAUGAAGGCAUCUACAUAUGCAUCUUCACUUUGUUCCCCAGUGGAAACCAGAAGACGGAGAUACUUCUAAACUUGUUUGUGCCUCCGGUCUUAAGCCUAGAGGAUCAUCGUCCUGCUUUGGGUAGUGAGGAGGUUGCCCUCGUUACCUGCACGGCUGCUGGCUCCAAGCCUCCUGCGGAGGUGAAGUGGCUUACUGGUACUUUGACAGGAAAAGUGAGGACAACAAACAGCUCCACUGAGCAUCCCAACGGCACGACAACCACGAUCAGCUCACUGUUCGGAGUGCCGAGCAGAGAAAUCAACCAGCAUUUGGUCCACUGUGUCAUCACCAGCGCAGCCCUGAUGAAAAAAGAGAGCCUGCCCUUCACGAUACAGGUCUACUUCUCACCCCAGGAGGUGAACAUUCGUCAACAAGGUCAAAGCUCUUUUGAAUGUGUGGCUGAAGCUAAUCCAAGGGCAGACUUCACAUGGAACAGAGCUGACAACUCGUGGCCUCAGUCUGCUACAGUAGAGGCUGCAACGCUACAGUUAAUGAGCAUGAGCUCUCACCUGAAUGGCCUCUAUCAGUGCGAAGCAUCUAACAGUUACGGAAGAAAACGCGGCCACCUCUAUGUGCAUGUGACUUCAGGAGACUGCGUUGUUUGUUGGACAUUAUUCAGCCUUUUGCUUCUUGCUGUGAUUGCUGGUCUUACUACAAUGUUUUACUUUUAUAAAUCUGGGAAAUUUCCAAGGACAGGAGAGGGCACAAGCAGGAAUAGGAAGUCAGACGCAGCAAUACCUGCAGAAGAAGAAGACGAAGAUGGGAGACUUCAGGCAGAGCGAUCUGUUUGACAUCCAUGGAAACUGACUGACUGACAGUUGGACUGCAGGUGUUUUCCACCCACACGUGUCAUUCCUGACUCAGCAGUGCAGGUGCUGUCUAACCGUUCGUAUCAGAUGACCUACUUUCAAACACCUUUUUUCCUGUAGUCACAUGUCAUUGUUGAUUUGUCAACAAAUCUAUCAAGUGCCACACAACAGAAGCAACAAUGAAGAUAACAAACUCUAAGUCGAGCUUUACAGCAAAAAUGGAAGAGUUUGGACUGAAAUGGGAGGUCAGGUUAACUGACUUUCACCCAGUGGCAGUUAUGUGUAGGAUGUGGCUUACAACUGUCUGCCUGCUUUAUCACCAACGAACUCCCAGCUCCAACUGUCACAGUUAAGAGUUCUGUUUACAACCAACAGCAUUAACUUCUGAUAAUAAUAGAGCAUUACGAAGCAUGUGUACGUGCACACAUUAGCCAGGUUACUCUGAGAAAUCAGGUACCACAAAUAUUAGACAAUACAUUUGCAUUGCACUGUAGUAAUGUGUACUAUAAAUCAGCAAAAACGUACUGCAGGUCAGUAAUCAGAUUUCUCCCCUUCCCUGUGCUACAUCUGCAGUGUAUUAUUGGUAGAAGAUGGUGCUUCUUGAUUUUGUUGUUGCUAUUUUGUUUGUGUGUUUGCAUCAGAGCAUUUCGACUGGCUGUGCAUUUAGUUUUUCCUUACAGUGCAGCUGUCUCAUAGCUGCUACUUAAUGUCAGUUUCUGUUCUUUAAUCAGACUUAAGUUGACCUGUUUUGAAUUUGAGGAUGUAUUGGUACUGUGUGUUUAAUGAUCUUCGAUUUAUCCUGCUCUGCUGUUGUCACAGCAAUACUCUUCCCUGCACGUAUUUGUCAUGAAACCUGGUUUUAUGUAUGCAUGAAGAAAUAAGAAAAAAGCUAGGGAAAGAGGUUUCCUGACUGACAUGACCUCAUCGGAUUACUGAAGAAAGCUGACUUUAACUUGAUUUACAUUACUAAAGUGCAUGUAAACACACACGCUACAACAACCAAAAAAAUUUACACUAGCAUUGUUUCUCUGAUAUACACACACACACACACACACACACACACACACACACACACACACACUACCAGUCAAAAGUUUGGACACACCUUCUCACUCAAUGGUUUUAGUACUUAUGUCAAAUGCCCCUAAUCCCCACACACUGGUCUAUUUUAACAUUUUAAUUUAUCUAUUCACGUAGAUGACACUGUGUGUAAUGCUCUGAAGGCUGGAGGUAGCAGGCAGGUAGUGGUCUAGCAAGAGAGCAGGCAGGCAGGUAGUCGGGCAAAUGAGUGAUGAUCCUGGUGCACAAAGAAAAGAGGUAAAUAUUGGAAUAACAACGCAAGAAAACUAUAGAUUAGAAACACUAGAGAUACCAGGCCUCAUCUACCCCAGUGGCUGAAACAAUGGGAAAAGCCAGUGGAAACAACUGGGGGGACAUGUAGUUCUUUGUUUUGGUCCCCUGCUUCAGUUGUUAUUAUAUGCAAUAACAGUCAUGCGUGGAGCUGGCUUUUAUCUUCAUCGUCGUCUGUGCUGUAUUUUGAGUUCUUCAGUUAUGGGUAAACUCACUGAGGACAGACUGAACUCAGAGUCAGCAAAAAAAGGAAUUUAUGACAUGUUCAAGUUUAUUGAAGGUCAAGAUGAUGUUCUGUGUUACAAACGCUGCUGAGAUUAUAUUAUUAUUAUUAUUAUUAUUAUUAUUAUUGGUUUUAUGAAUAUAAAGUCCUGUUCCUGUAUGUUCCUGAAAUACUCUGUAUAUAAAUCAAUAGUUAUUGUUAAAACAAUUCAUUCUGAACCAAAAAUAUCAACCUGCUAAUAGCACUUAAGAAAAUGUUAGAUGACCACUAAAGUUAGUAGGAACACCUUAAGACCAUAAAUGUUUUCAGCAAAACUUGUGUUUCUGGGAGCAGAUUCAGUGAUAUUUUACUGCAUUAUUGAAACUUGAGAUCUCCUGGUUGCCCAUUAUUAAAACUUAUUAGGAUUCAUCCUCUUGGGACCUUGAAUAUCUGUGCCAAUUGUUUUUAUUCGAAUACAUCCAAUAGUUUUCAAGACAUUUCACAGAAAACCAAAGAUGCCAACCUAAUGCAGGUGCUAGAGGGAAAUCAGAGGAUCACCAGAAACACUUGGGUUCAUCCUCUGGGGACCAUGAAUGUGUGCACAAAAUAAGACUGAAUAGAUUCAGUCUUAGUCCAUACGAGUUAAAAACAAAAACCUUGAACCAACACACUCAGGGUUCACAUCAGACUCCUCUGUUUCACUUGCUAUUGUUACACUCAAUACCCUGUCUAUAAAAGUAAAGCAGGUGGUAACUACAGUAUAAUUACCUCCAAUUUUUAAAAUAAAACUCAUCAAAGCAUUUCACAGCACAAAUAAGCAAGAUAAACUUCAGAAACUGAGCGAAAGUGCAAGGUCAAGGUAAAAAAAUGGUAAAAGGCAGAACAAGUCAAAUAUGGCCCUUAUCCCUUCUCACUGUUUCUCACAUACUUAUUUACUCUCUCCCUUACACACACACACACACACACACACACACAAACACAUCCAGAAGAACCAGAGCCACAACAACACAUCAAAGUGGCAUCAGGCUUUGGCAAGGAAGAAUUUGGGGAUAAAACAGACUCUUAAUAUUUAAUACUAUUUUAUUUCUUUUACUUCUCUUUUAAUCUCAUAAAAAGAAGAUAAUCACUGAAUCACUCAGUUAUAGUUUUUAUAUACCAGAAUUAUAGAUUAUAUCUAUUCUGUGUAUAUUUGAAGAAAUGCAACUGACCAAAGUCAACUAAAAUGAAAACACUACUGUAAUCAAUGUUCAAUCGUCUUUGAAAGUUUGUCUAGCUGGCCAGGGGCAUAUGAUUGCAGAGGGACUAAGUAUACAGGGCAUUCAUGUCAGGAGGGCCCACAAAGAUACUGUGUAUCCUCAAUUAAAAAGUGGUCAAAGAAAAAACUGGGUCUCAAAUAAUGGCCGGGGGCGUAGUCGACGUGAGCUGGUCUCUGAUGGGGGUGAGAACUCCCAAUGGUUGCAUGUGUGUUACGUGUCAACCAGACUGUUGGGAGUAGCUAUAUUUGAAGUGCCUGUGGGAACUUUAGAAGUGAGUGGAGGCCUGCAGUUGUGGCCCAGUGGCUAUUUGAGGAAAUACAGUACUAGAAUGAAUAGCUGUGGUUGCAGGGAGGGUCCUAUAGAGAAUGCCAAUAUGCUCGGUCCACAAUUUUGUGCUCCGUCCCUGCACCUGUCAGAAACAGAAGUAGUCAAGGGGUUUAGUUUCUGUUUUGACAUCUUAAAGCCUUAAAUAAUUUAGUUGAGUGUUGUGUGUUUUGUAGUGUGCACUAAUAGGUUUUAGGUUGCAGUUCCUGUUUAUGUCUCAUAUCUAUUCUUUUUAAUAUUUUUAUGUUUGCGUGGCAGCUCUGUAAUUUUAGGUAUUUUGUUUAGUUUUCUUUUUUUUUAUUUGACAGUAGUAGUAGCAGUAGUAGUAGUUCUCACACUGAUAUCAGUGAAACUAUUGCACUGCUUUUUGUUGAUGUUAAACUUUUUCAUUGUGUGCUUUUUGAUUAUGUCUUUUGGUUGAUGCAUUGUUCAACUUAUCACUUGCAGUUCCAGUACUGAAUAAACAUUACAAAAACAAAGUAUUUCUGUAUUAACAGUGUGUACUCUUCUCAUGCCAUCCCUGAUACCAAGGAUUCAGGAUUGUGUCUUUGUAUGUGUUUU